AGAGAAGAGAGAGACAGGGAGGGGAAGAAGCGAAGGAGAAGGUCAAAAGAGGCCAAAAACCCAACCUUUUUUUAAUGUUUUUCUUUUUUUUAACUUUGUUGUUUUGGAUAGAAGCUUUGGCUCUCUCUCUCUCUCUCUCUCUCUCCUUCGGUUUCUAACUCUGCACACUAGUCCUUUGUACGCGGAUGUAGCUGCAACUUUUGGAAGGUUAUGGAUGAGAGGAGAGGGGAAGCGACGGAAUAGAAAGUGCUCUUUUUUGGGAGGGUUCUCUUUGCGUUAAUCUCUUACCCAUCUGAGUUUUUUGGGGGAUUUGCUAGGGAUUGGAGUGUCUUGGGUAGUUAUGUGGAGAUUUGGUGAUGGAUUUAGUGGUUUAAUUAGUUCAAAUUUGGUUUUUCUUUUAAUAUAUAUUUUAUAUUUUGAAGGGGAAUCUUAGGUGUAUGGGGGUUUGGUGAGGGGAGGGGAAUUGGAUAUGUGGGUUUUGUAGUUUCUGGUCUAAAAGAUUAGAUUUUGGAGCCUUUGGUGGGAUUAGGUCAAGGUUUUUGUAGGGUAUAUGACCCAAAUUGAUCGAUUUAGUGAAUAAUUUUGGUAGUUUAGGCUGGGGAACGAGUUUUAUUGAGAGUGGAUUAGGGGGUGUUUGUUGGGGUUUUUGGGGGUGGUUUAAUUGCUCAUCUUUGAUUUUAGGGUUUCUCUUUGAGGAUGGUUUUUUUGGGCUUUUCUUAAAUCUCAGCUUCGCGAGUAAACUAUGGGGGCAUAUUUUCCGAUUCAGAGUAGGUUUCCUUAAGAUUGGUGGGUAUUUCAAGGGUGGAAAAUUAGGUUUUUUUUAACAAAAAAUUAAGCGAUUAUUCACCUUGUAGUUCCAAUCUACGUUUUCUGAAGAUGGCCGGUAUGAAAUUGGGAUCGAAAUCCGAUACAUUCCGAAGACAAGGGCAAGCCUGGUUCUGUACAACCGGACUCCCCAGUGAUGUUACUGUUGAAGUUGGUGAGAUGUCCUUCCACCUUCACAAGUUCCCUCUGAUAUCCAAAAGCGGCCUCUUGGAGAAACUGAUAACGGAGAAUUCCGACAAAGAUGAUGGCUGCAUCAUAAAGCUACCCGAUAUUCCAGGCGGCGCGAAAUCAUUUGAGCUUGUGGCCAGGUUCUGCUAUGGUGUAAAGCUAGAGCUCACUGCCUCGAAUGUCGUCUACCUCCGAUGUGCAGCUGAGUAUCUCGAAAUGACCGAAGAAAUCCACGAGGGCAACCUGAUUGCCCAGACCGAGUUAUUCCUCAACCAAGUAGUUCUCCGUAGCUGGAAAGAUUCACUAAAAGCCCUUAAAACAUGCGACGAUCUCCUCCCUUAUGCUGAAAAUCUAAAUAUCGUGAAGAAAUGCAUUGAAUCAUUAGCUGUUAAAGCUUGCACAGAUCCGAACCUUUUUGGCUGGCCCAUAAUGGAGCAUGGAACCAUGCAGAGCCCAGGAGGGAGUGUUUUGUGGAAUGGAAUAAGCACAGGGGCUCGGCCCAGAAAUAGUAGUUCAGAUUGGUGGUUCGAUGAUGUUUCAUCCUUGAGCUUCCCUAUGCAUACAAGACUAAUCUCUGUAAUGGAAUCUCGGGGAAUCAGACGGGAGAUUAUUGCGGGGUCCUUAACAUGUUAUGCUAAAAAAUAUCUCCCUGGAUUGCAUAGGCGGCAUAGUUUGGGAUCUGUUCCUUUAACAUCUGUGCCACCUGAAGAAGAACAAAGGCAGCUUCUUCAAGAGAUUGAAAGAUUGCUACCCCUCGAAAAGGGCUUAAUCUCUACAAAAAUUCUAUUCGGACUUCUUCGAACCGCCAUGAUCCUAAGAGCUGACGAGUCCUGCAUUUCUAAUUUGGAAAGAAGGAUCGGAAUGCAGCUCGAUCAUGCUACCUUGGAAGAUCUAUUGCUGCCGAACUUCUCCGACUCGACUGAAACGCUUUAUGAUGUCGAUUGCGUACAAAGAAUUCUUGAGCAUUUCUUGGCCAUGGAUCAGGCUAAUGUUGGUGCGGCCUCCCCAUCUGAGGUUGAUGAGGAGCAGUCGGCAAGCUCCCAUUCAAUGGCGCCGAUAACUAAUGUAGCCAAGCUACUUGAUGCUUAUCUCGCAGAGGUCGCACCGGAUGUCAAUUUAAAACCACAGAAGUUUCGAUCUCUUGCUGCUGCUGUACCCGAUUAUGCCCGGCCGCUGGAUGAUGGACUUUACCAUGCAAUUGACAUUUAUUUGAAGGCACACCCUUGGCUAGCGGAAUCCGAGAGAGAGCAGCUCUGCCGGCUUAUGGACUGCCAGAAACUCUCCCUAGAAGCGUGCACUCACGCCGCUCAAAACGAGCGGCUUCCACUACGGAUUGUCGUUCAAGUCCUCUUCUUCGAACAGCUACAACUUCGGACCUCGAUCGCGGGUUGCUUACUUGUCUCUGAUAAUCUCGAUGGAUCAAGGCCCUUACGGAGUGGGUUAGCGGUUUCAGGCGAAGGCGGUGGGGGUUGGGCCACGGCUGUCAGGGAGAACCAAGUAUUGAAGGUGAGCAUGGACAACAUGAGGAUGAGGGUCUCGGAGCUCGAAAAGGAGUGCUUGAGCAUGAAGCAGGAAAUUGAGAAGUUGGGUCGAAUAACACAUCGCCGGAAUAACAACGUCUCAAGAAAGUUGGGAUUCAAAAUCAAGUCGCAGAUGUGCAGCGCCCAAGACAGUUCUGUCAGCGAGCAGCUGAGGAGCGAGAAGCCGCAAUUGAAGGCAUCAAAACACAAGAAACAGUUAUCUACGGUUCUCUGAGCGCUCUCUCUCUCUCUCUCUCUCUCCCUCUCUCUCUCUCCCCCUUCGACAUCAUAUGCUUGUAAGUUAGUUUUCUUCUCCCUUUAUUCAUUUUUUUCCCUUAUUUAUAGGUGUGACAACAAAAAUGGUUGUGGUCUCAAAAGAUUCAAUUCUUUGGAUGAAUUCUGUAUGAUGUUUGCUUGUUCUUUUAAAGGCUAUAAGAGACUUGACCAACAAAUAGAAGAUAGGAAGGUGUGAUUAUAUUUUAACUUCAUUUUCUUUCCAAAUGAAUGCUUGAAAUGUUGUUGGUUCUGGUCACAUUUUAUAGCAGCUAUUUUUCAAUUUC